AUGGCAGCCCAGCCGACAAUCAGACUCGCAACCGCCGAGGACGUCCCGCUAAUCCUCCAGUUCAUCCGCGAGCUCGCCGACUACGAAAAAGCCCUGCAUGAAGUCGAAGCGACCGAAUCCUCGCUCCUCGCAACGCUAUCCUUCCCCAACGACGCUCCCAAGCGGGGCUCCGUCUACACCGCGCUGAUUACUCCGCCCCCAACCCCCGAAACGCCCUCACCCAUCCCCGUCGGCAUGGCAUUGUUCUUCUACAACUACUCGACGUGGCGCGCCGCCCCCGGAAUCUACCUCGAGGAUCUAUACGUGCAGCCUGUGGCGCGGGGGAACGGGUACGGGUUCCAGCUGCUGAAGUGGCUUGCGGCAAAGGUAGUAGAGGUGAAGGGCCGGCGGCUGGAAUGGAGUGUUUUGACCUGGAACGAGCCCAGUAUCCAGUUUUAUAAACAAGUUGGGGCGAAGCCGAUGGACGAGUGGUUGAAGAUGAUGGUUGAGGGGGAGGCGUUGGACAAGUUGGCGGAGGGAGUAUGA